AUGGUAAGUGCCUUGCAUAUCAUCUUCACCAUUAUAAUAAGUACAGAAUUCAUUACUGGGAUUUUAGGAAAUGGAUUCAUAAUACUGGUGAACUUCAUUGACUGGGUCAAGAUACGAAUGAUCUGCUUAGCCGAUCAAAUCCUCACUGCUUUAGCGAUCUCCAGAAUUUGGCUGAUUUGGGCAUUAAUAAUGCAUCGUUUACCAAGGGCAUUUUAUCCAUCUUCAUUUUUGAGUUCAAACAAAUGUAUACUUAUUGGUAUUGCUGGGAUCUUGGCCAACCAUUAUAGCACAUGGCUCACAACAAGCCUCAGCCUGUUUUACUUUCUCAAGAUAGCCAAUUUUUCAAAUCCUGUUUUUCUUCACCUAAAGCACAGAGUUGAAAUGGUUGUUCUUAUGAUGUUGCUGGGAACAUUAGUCUUUUUGCCUUUUACUCUUGCUGUGAUAAGAUGGAAGAAAAAUGAAAUGUAUCCAUGUGAAAUAAAUAUGACUUUGAUUUCCAAAAGGAGUGAUUUUGAAGACUUUUCAAAAAUAAUUAUAUUUAUUAUAGGAGGCUUCAUACCAUUUUUGGCAUCCUUGUUUUUUUUUUUCCUGUUAAUAUUCUCUCUAAGGAAGAAUCUCAAGAAUAUGAAGCUCAAUGCAACAGGAUUUAGGGAUCCUUGUGUCAAGGCUCACAUAAGAGCCAUAAAAUCUGUGGUAUCAUUCCUCUUACUAUUUGCUAUAUAUUUCCUCACUGUCAUUAUGGCAACUUUCUAUUCUGUGGAGAUACAGAACAAACUGAUACUUUUUCUUACUCAGAUCAUAGGAUGUGUUUAUCCUGCAGUCCACUCGUUUAUCUUGAUUUUGGGAAAUGGUAAGCUAAGAAAGGCUUCUAUUUUGUUGCUCUGGAAGUUGAGAUGCACUUGA